CAUCUGUGUCAGAGGACCUCUAAAAGCUUAACCCUAAAUCCUAAAUUUAAAAUCUCCACCUGGAUAUUUUUUGCUUAUUUUAAAUGUACAUAGUUCUUUAAAUGUCCUGAAAACGUACAAGUUGCAGCCCUCAGGCCUUGGGAAGACAGAUUUUCUUUGACGGAUUUCCUCCGCCACCUUUCGCCCUCCCUAAAGGGAAGAAGCUGUGACACAUGUGGGAGGGUUCAUUCCUGCCUUCCACCUUCCCCGGACGCUGUUCUGCCGGAAGACUGUAACCUGUAUCAUGGGAUCCCCACUGAAGAGUCUGGUUCAUGAUGAUGAUAGGUACCAGAGAGCCUUCCACCUUUUUCUGGAGCGAUCCUCUGAACACCAAUGCAUGCGAGACUUCAUCCACAGUAAACUACCUGACAUUCUGUCCAGCAUUGGAGAUGUAAAGUCCCAUCUAAAUGUCAUUGGAGUUGGAAGCGGAGCUGGUGAGAUAGACCUAGAGAUGCUCAACGAGCUACAUAAGAAGCAUCCAGGGGUGACAGUAGAUAAUGAGGUGGUGGAGCCGAGCAGCCAACAGCUACACAACUACAAAGUUUUAGUGUCGCAGAAACCUGAAUUAAACUACAUCAAGUUUACCUGGAACAAGAUGACAGCCUCGGAGUUUGAAGCGCACUGGAAACUGAGCAAGACGACAAAGAAGGCAGACUUCAUUCACAUGAUACAGAUGCUGUACUAUGUGAAGGACCCCGGUGCUACCAUCAGCUUCUUCCAGAGUCUCCUCGAUAAGAAUGGGAAGCUUCUUAUUAUUCUUGUGUCUGGGGAGAGUGGCUGGGGGAAGCUGUGGCGGAAAUACAGGAACGAGCUCUGCAAUACAGAAAUAAGUCAAUGCGUGACCACAGGAGACAUCAAAAGCCUCCUGGACUCAAAGGGAGUGAGCUACCAGAGCUUUGACCUGCCAUCUCAAAUGGAUAUCACCGAGUGUUUCACGGAGGGAGAUGAGAAGGGGGAGCUGCUUCUUGACUUUCUCACCGAAGUGCUGGAUUUUAAUAAAACGGCGUCACCAGAGCUGAAAGAUGGCGUGUUGGAGCUGCUCCGGCAUCCGGACUGCAGCACGGAGUCUGAGGGCAGAGUUAUCUUUAACAACAACCUUGGUGUCAUAGUCAUCGAUAAACCAAAUUAAAAGCAGAUCAUAGCUAGCGUGAAGGUUAAAUCAGUUAUAGAUGAUGAAAUAUUGUCAAGCAUGUUGAGUAUCUUCAAGCUUUAUCUUGUAGUAAAUUUAGUUUUUGUAUACAUGUUCAGGUUGUAUGAAUUCUAAAGUCCUCUGACAUAAAAUACAAUUAUAUAUUCCUUUCAAUUUUUAUGAUUGAAUUUAUAUUAUUAUGACAUCAGAGAUCAUUCGGACUCAGUAACAGAGAUUAGCUUCAGACUUUUAUCCGGUCAUUACAGCUUUUAAUGAGCUGCUCUUGGCAGGCUGCUGCCCAAACCCCAUUAUACUGCUGCUUUCUCCGGGAGUGUUUUAUUCCAACUGUACAAAUAAAUAUAAAACUGGACAAUUAGCUUUUCAUUGAGAAUCAGUUUAGAUAAACUUAAAGUAAUUGUACAUUAUGUUUUAAAAUGAUUGAAAGUAUUAUUUCUAGUAGGACCUGAACUGGGUAAGUGAAAACAUAGUUGCUCCUACGAGCCUUUUGGGUUUUUAAUGCACUUAGUUUUUUAUUCACUUUACCAUAAAUGGCGAAUUAUUUUGUUGAGUAACCUGUUUUAUUAGUAAAAGACAAAAUUAUUUAUUUAAGUAGGAUGUAUAGAACAAUAUAAAGAUACUGAAUAAAUUUUGUAAAAUUUUCUCUACUUUAAUUCCUCUAAUAACAAGUUUGUGCUGCUAAUGAGUGUUGUGCAAAAUCUCAUUGAAAAAUCCCAAAUAAAAACUAUACUUGCCUACUGGGAAAA